AUGCGAUUGGCGAACAGAAGGAAAUACAAGCAAGAACGCCGCAAACUCCUUACCACCCCAUCACGGCUCCUGAAGCUUAUUUUACCUCUGACUACACUGGACAAGAACUCCGAUCGUAAAGAUAUAGAGCCACUAGCUCUCCUCGUUCAUCCUCAGCAACCUCUCUCCUACCUCGAACGCCUUAUCCAGUCUGAAUUACCAAUGAUAACUGCAAAAGAUGGACAUACAGAAAAAGUACCCGCAGUGCAUUUUCGCGCCCAAGACUCCACACAAGAUGAGAUCACAGCCGAUCAUAGAAAAGAGAUAGAUGAAGAUGUAGAAGAAGGUACAGACGAACAGAUGGUUGAUGGAAAAAUCAUGAAGCUUGGAAAGAUUAGCAGCUCCAAAGAUAAAAGCAUUUCCCAGAAAGAUAAAGAACAAAUACGAAAUGACUUACGAGGAGGGCCUGGCGAAGGAGGAGUGGAAAGUUAUUCAGGAAGCGGACGUGAACAAUCUUCUGAAGGGGAAGUAAAAUUCGUGCGCUGGUCUUCGUCGACUGAGAUAGGGGAUUUCAUUCGCGAUGCUGCGCGAGGAAAGGAAUUUGCGGUGGAGAUUGAAGGGUCGUCUCGUGAGAUUAGAGUCGGGGUGCCAUCGUUCAACGAUCGGACUCAUUACUUGAGAGUUCGUCUACGGAAGAAAAGCAGGAAACUGGCGGAUUAUGCAAAAAUCAAGAAAGAGUGCGACGAUCUUGCACAUCGAGGAGCGCGACAUCUCGCUAUGGGUGGUCUUGGCCUGCUGGUUUCCUGGUGGGUUGGAACCUUCUUCCUUACCUUCCUGACUCCUAUUGGAUGGGAUACCAUGGAACCUGUCACCUAUUUUGCAGGAUUAUCGACUAUUAUUUUGGGUUACUUAUGGUUUCUCUACCACAAUCGCGAAGUUUCUUACAGGGCUGCACUCAAUUUGACGGUUUCGAGGAGACAGCGAACAUUAUACCAGGCAAAAGGAUUUGAUUUGCAGAAGUGGGAAGCAGUGAUUGAAGAGGCAAAUGCGUUGAGAAAGGAGAUCAAGAACAUUGCUGAUGAAUAUGAUGUGGAUUGGGAUGAGAAGGCCGAUGAGGGAAGUGAAGAGGUGCACGAUGCGUUGAAGGCUGAGAGGAAAAAGACUAAGAGGAAAGAGAAGGAAGAUGAAGGGGAGGAGGCGGAAGAGGAUGAACGAGACGAGGAAGAUAAGGAGAAGAGGAAGGAUGAUUAA